AUGGAACAGUGGAAAACAAUGUUGGGUUCAAAUCCCGAUAGCUCUUCAGCAGAGGAGACAUGCGUAAGACAUGUUAUUCCGUUGAUUAGUACCGUAACUCGGCAUAUUUCCAAUUCUGAUACCGCGUAUGCUCGUGACAUUCCUUGGAAGAAACGAACAGGUCGUGGAUAUGCAAAUGAUCUAAUGUUUCGUGACUUACGUCAUUUCACUCUUGCUAAUAAAAAAUGUUUUACUAGAACAAUGGCUCGUUUAGUAGGUGUCGACAGCAGUUUGGAGAGAACU